AUGGCUUUUGUCCACGCCUCUGUGGGUGUCCUCGCCCUCGCUACCUUCCUCACCGGCGUCUCGGCCGAUCUGAAGACUUGCUCCCGCAACAACUCUCUGAGCUGCCAUAGCUCCUCCCAGACCGGAACCUGCUGUUACAACUAUCCCGGUGGUGCGCUACUGCAGACCCAGUUCUGGGAUACUGACCCCUCGACCGGUCCAUCUGAUUCAUGGACCAUCCACGGGCUCUGGCCCGAUAACUGCGACGGCACCUACGAGUCCAACUGCGACGAAUCCCGGGCCUACACCAACAUCACUGACAUUCUCGAGGGACAGAACCGCACAGACCUCCUCGACUACAUGAAAGAGUAUUGGGUCGAUAUCGACGGCAAAAGCGAGACUUUCUGGGCGCACGAAUGGGGCAAGCACGGCACCUGCGUAAACACCAUCAAGCCCAACUGCUACACCAACUACUCACCCCAGGAGGAAGUCGGCGAGUUUUUCCAGAAGACCGUGGAUCUGUUUAAGGGUCUGGAUACCUACCAGGCUCUGUCCGCUGCGGGCAUCACCCCCGAUGAGUCCAAGACCUAUACCAGCAAUGAGAUCAUUUCGGCUCUGAGCGAUCAUCACGGGGCCAAGGUUUAUAUCGACUGCACCAGCGGCAAGCUGAAUCAGGUCUGGUAUUUCUUCAAUGUUCGCGGCAAUGCCAUUAACGGACAGUACCAACCAACCGACACGCUCGCCGACAAUUCGAAGUGCCCAAGCCGCGGUAUCAAGUACUUGCCCAAGAGCAACUAA